UGUCCAUUCAUAUAACAAAACAGAGAUAAAAUGAUAAAAGAGUUGAAUUGAUUAUUAGAUACAUUCAUGACCAUGAUAUCUUUCCAUGUACCUUGCAAUCCUACCAUCAAUUCAUACCAAUCAAAAAAUGUGUCAAUUAUAAAUUGUUCAUCCAAUCCUAAUCAUAUACAAAUACAACAAUCAACAAGUAAAAAUAGUAAUAGAAGAUCAUUACUCUCGAAAUGUAUCAUUAUAUCUACUACUUUCUUCUCAUUUUCUGGUGAAUCUUUUUCAUUAACUCCUACUAAUUCUAGUGAAGCCAUUGCUAAAUUCUUUGAGAUCCCAAAUUCUGGUGGAGUCAAGGCCUUAGACCUUCGUUUUGGUACCGGCCCCACCCCUAUCGAUGGUGAUCAGGUAGCAAUACAUUAUUAUGGAAGAUUGGCAGCAAAACAAGGAUGGAGAUUUGAUUCAACUUAUGAUCACAAAGAUUCAACCGGUGAACCAAUUCCUUUCAUCUUCAUCCUUGGCUCAACCAAUGUAAUUUCAGGGAUUGAAGCAGCCAUAAGAACAAUGAAAGUAGGAGGUAUUCGAAGAGUAAUCAUUCCACCAUCACAAGGUUAUCAAAACACAACCCAAGAACCUCUUCCACCCAAUUUUUUUGAUAGGCAAAGGCUGUUCACUACAAUUUUCAACCCUACACGCCUUGCCAAUGGAGAAGGUUCAACAUUAGGAACUCUUAUUUUUGAUAUUGAACUUGUUAAAGUUAAGCAUUUGUAACAUGAACUUCAUAAUUCAUAUCAUAAAUUUCAUAUGAUACGUUUUAAAUUUGUAAUCAUAUUGUUAGUUUUGAUUUUGAAUAGACAAAAUGUUUAUAAUCUCAGCGUCGGAUAACCGUCUCAAAGUGAGAUAAUGUCAAAUAAGAAAUUUAUAUUCUCAUUA